UUGUAACAGAUGCUCCGAAAUGAUAAAUUAAAAAUAUUUGCUAAUCAGAUAUUUUUCGUUAAGCAUGAUUAUUUCGAUUUCUUAAAACUCAAUAAUCGGUCGGUAAGGAAGAAAAGUUAAAAUCGCUUUGAAAGUAGCAAUAAAGGAGGCGUCUCGAGCGUAAUCGUCUUAUAUGUCUCAAACGUACGUAGAUAAUAUAAGAUGAAGAUACGAAUACGAAAGUGACAGCACACUCUGGAAUAUAUUUUAUAAAGCCGAUUACAAUCGUGUCAUCGUUGACUCACAAAGUUUAGUCUCGAAACGAUCGCAGUUCGUGCUGAAACGUAACGUAAUAUAAUCGUUUUUAUUUCUUCUACGUGAUCAUUAAAAUAUGGAAAUAUACAAACUGGAAAAAUACGAAGAGGAAAAGAAAGACUGAAUGAACAACAUAAAUUUUUCCAAUAAUUAAAUGGUAUCGUUUACUCGAUGAUUCAGUUCAUUUCUACGAAACGUUUAAUUAUUAUUUGUGUUUUAUAUUAAUACGAACGAACAAUCAUGGACAAUACGAACAAAGAGACAUUAAUGAUUUAUCAAAUAACAACGUCGAACAAAAACAACAGUCUGCAGACUACUUGAAGACGAACCAUCAAAGAGAGACGUUAGAAAGAUUUUAUUCGUGAAAAAUUUCGAAACUGAUCGAUAAGAUCGAUAUCAUGACUCGUUGUGAAGCUGACAGAGGCUGGGCUUGGAUGAUCGUUGUCGGCGUUACUAUUAUUAACCUAUCUGUACUGCCGAUUCAACAAUGUUAUGGUCUUAUUUUUGGAAAACGUUUUACGAGUCUCGGUAUCAGCGCAACGCAAACAUCCUUGAUACUUCAUUUAAACGGUACAAUAUGCUGCAGCCUAGGCUUGAUAAGUGGACCCAUGAUGAAAAAAUUCUCAUUUCGCAAAGUCGCUUUUUUUGGUAGUUUCACAAUUGUCAUUGGAAUAUCUACUACGGCAUUCGCUCUCUCUCUUCCUACCAUCAUUGUAGGCUAUUGCGUUAUUAUCGGAAUCGGACAAGGUAUCAUCUAUCCAGCAUCGAGUUUAGCAUUGAACACGUAUUUUAGAAAAAAACGUAAUAUAGCAAUGGGACUUUGCGUAACAUUGACCGGUCUUGGUCCUAUUCUAAUGCCACUUUUAAUAGUGAAGCUUUUAGACGCAUACGCUACUACGGGAACUUUAAUAAUUUUCGCUGGAAUCGCUGCGAAUUCUUUCGUAGGUGCUUGCUUGUUAAGACCGUUCGUAAAUAACGACAGUCUUAACAAGAAAAUAAAAACUGAGGAUUAUAAUGUGAAUAAUGUGGCUACACUGACAAAUGAAAAUGAAAGUGACGUUGAAAAAUAUGUUGUCGAGUCCCAAUUAUUGAACGACCAAGAAAAAAUUAAAAAACAAGAAAGUCUAGAAAAGAUUUUUAAAGAAACAAAGACGAAAACGAAACGUAGUUUUUUUCAAAAGAUCUCGACUAACCUGGAUCUCAUACUUUUACAAGAUUUACGUUAUAUUUUUGUGGUGAUAGGUAUGGGCAUGUCUUUGGUAGCUGAGACGAACUUCAAUGCGUUGAUACCUUUCGUCCUCGAAAACGUAUCAGGAUUAAAAAUAAAGGAGAUUGCGACUAUAAUGUCUAUCCAAGCUGCCUUUGAUAUCGCUGGACGUCUUUGUGUUCCUCUAAUCGCACAAAAAGCCCACUGGACUCCAAGAAAUCUUUACGUGAUAUCCUUGAUAGGAUCUACAUUUGGAAGGAUGAUUCUUUGUACCUGGGGUGAUGAUUACCUCGUCGUAAUCCUAGUUGCUGUUAUCGUAGGAAUAGCAAAGGGUACAAAGGCUGUUUUUCAAACUCUGAUCAUACCAGAUUACGUUCCAUUGGAAAGGUUACCAGCAGCAUCUGGUAUUCAAAUGGUUUGCAAUGGCAUUUUGUCUAUUAGUCUGGGACCAAUCAUAGGCAUGGUGCAUGAUUUAACUGGAAGUUACAUUGGUUCUUUGCAUUUCACUUCCGCGAUGAGUAUGUUUUGCGUAUUUUUGUGGCUACUCGGAGGACUUUGGUCUCCUUUUGGUAAACAUGUGAAAGUAAAAAAUAAUGGGGACACGCCGAAUGAGAGAUGUUUGGCGGAAAAUCAGAAUGAAAGUCAGGAUAUUCGAUGAUAUAUUCAAUUUUAUACUAUAAAUUAAAAAAAAAAAACUAUUUCUUAUAAAAACAAAAAAUUCAUAACAUACGUCACUUCUCGUACAUCACCUCUUCAGCGCGAAUAUGUGAGAUACUUCAAUAGAAAAGUAUUUAUAUAUUUGUAUACAAAAAAAAUAAUGUCACAAAAAAGAAUUCAAUAUAAUAUUAAAAUGGAAGUUUUUAAAAAGGUUGUUUUUCAUUGUAAAUAGAAGUUUCAAAAAUCGUCAUUUUAAAACGAAAAAAUGUAGAUCAUUUCUAUGAAUAUAUCUUAAACGUUUAAUGUAUCCAGAUUUUUAUUAAUGAUCUAUAAUAUUUUCAUUCAUAAAUUCGUCUAAGUCAAUUUUCAAUUUUUCUAUCCAUGUUGACUACAUUUUUUAUUCAGCUUGAUAGAUACUGUAUAUAUAUUCUUUAAGUUUUGAACCCUUUUUUAACACUGCAUAUGAUAUUUAUGAUAUCAGAUGUUAAUGUUUAAAACGACUUGUACGAUGUGCAAAUAUUCCUAAGAAUUCCUAAUUUCUAAAAUGAUAUUUUUUUUUUUCAUUGCAAAAAUGAAAUAAUACUGAUAGAAGAAAUUAUAAGGAUCGUCUAAUGUGCAUUCAGUUAUCAAGCUAUAUUUUAUUUAUUUACUGUCUAUCGAAGUCUCGUUAUAUAAACGUGAAAAAAUGAAUCUUCGCAUAAAGGAUAAUAUCUGACGGAAUAUAUAUAUAUAUAUAUAUAUAUAUAUAUAUAUAUAUAUGUAAUAUAUAAUAAUAAUAAAAUUUAUUAUAUACAGAUACUGCUUAUAAGGAGAUAUAUGUAUAUAUAUUCUAUAAUUUAAAAUAACAAUUUUAAUCUAAUCGCGAACAUGUACUCGAUAUCAAGCAAACACACUGUAUUUUGAUAAGCAUUUUAAUUUAAGUAAAUUUACUGACAGCAAGUUUUAACAUUAUAUAUGUCACAGUCCUGAAACAUAUUCAAAAAUUUAUUUUAAAAUAUAUUUAUUUUUAUUUAAAAAAGAAAUAAUAAGUAGGAAAAUAUUAUUCAAUUUAAUUAAGAUAUAUAAUUGAUUAAACUUAGUAAUAAUAGCAUUAUAGAAUUAGCAUUAUAUCAUUAACGUACUAACUGCCACAUUCAUUUUGUACGUUUUACUUUAAGAAUAAAUAGAAUUUUCAUUAUUGUUAUCAAUAAUAUGUUUAAUUCACUUAUAGUCACGCAUAAUCGCAUAAUGUAUUUGUACAGGAUUGCACAAAAGGAUAAUAAAGUAAUAUAAAGUUA